CCCGCGCUCCUCCGCUGCCCGGCCGUCCCGGCGACAUGGGCUCCGCGUGGGAGCUGGAGGCCGCGCCGGGCGGCUCGCUGCUGCUGUGCGCCGCGCUGCUGGCGGCGGGCUGCGCCCUGGGCCUGCGCCUGGGCCGCGGGCGGGGCGCGGCGGACCGCGCGGCGCUCGCCUGGCUCUGCUACGACGCCCUGGUGCACUUCGUGCUGGAAGGCCCUUUUGUCUACUUGUCGUUAGUAGGAAGCGUUGCAAAUUCUGAUGGCUUGAUUGCUUCUUUAUGGAAAGAAUAUGGCAAAGCCGAUGCAAGAUGGCUUCAUUUUGAUCCAACCAUUGUGUCUGUGGAAAUUCUGACCGCCGUCCUGGAUGGAUUUCUGGCAUUGUUCCUCAUUUAUGCCAUAGUCAAAGAGAAACAUUAUCGACAUUUCCUGCAGAUCACCCUGUGCGUGUGCGAACUGUAUGGCGACUGGAUGACCUUCUGCCCGGAGUGGCUUGUUGGAAGCCCCAACCUCAACACCAGCAACUUGCUCUACUGUUGGGUCUACCUGGUAUUUUUCAAUGGAGUGUGGGUUCUGAUCCCCGGACUGUUACUGUGGCAGUCGUGGGUGGAACUCAAGAAAAUACAUCAGAAAGGAACCAGUUCAGGGAAAAAGUUUCAGUGAAUUUUCAAAAUCAUAAACACUGUUAUCUUGCUUUAUGAGCCAGAAUGGAUCAAACGUUUUGUUUGGCCAAAAUGUAAUACAUUCCAGUCUACACUUUCCUUUUAUAUUGCUGUUCCUGAACAACCUGUUUCGAAUUGAUUAUAAGGUCGCAAGUUUUCAUUGUUUGUCUUUGUUAUUGUUUUUUCCAAGUGAAUGGCAAUGUAGGGAAGAGAACAGAUUUUAACCUGUAAUAAUAACACGUUUAAUU